UAUUGGGCGGUGCGCGCCGCGGCGCCGCACUGGCUGUACGUCAUCCACGACUCGUUUCGGUGGUGGACCCCCCCCCCCCCCCGAAGGCGCGGCUACAUGCGCGGCUGCGACGGCGUCGCGCUCGACACGCACGCCCCCUCCCCCGGGACCCCGCCCGGCCCCCUCGCCUCGCAGGCGUGGUUCGACAUCCGGCCGCAGUCCGCCUUCCUCGACAACAUCUGCUCGUGGAGAGAUCGGAUCCGCUCGCUGCAGGACUCGGCCCUGCCUCUGCUCGUAGGCGAGUGGUCCCUCGCCACCGACAAUUGCGCCAUGUGGCUCAACGGCUUCCACGACAAUGCGCGCGGC